UGGAAUUACACUGAAUUUGUUGUUGUUGUUCAUGCUUCAUCUAUUUUGAGCUGAGGGCUAUCGAAAAUAACCUCUAGACUUUUUUAGGAUAGGAUAAGAUCUGCAUAUGCUCUAUCCUCCCUCAAAUCCUACUCAUGGAAUUACAGUGAAUAUGUUGUUGUUCAUGCUUGUUGCUACUGUGUCUUUUUUUCAUCUGAUUUGAGCUGAGGGUCUAUCAGAAAUAACUUUUUUACUUUUUUAAGAUAGGGUUAAGGUCUGCGUAUGCUCUGUCCUCUCCGGAUCCUACUAGUAGAAUUACACUGGAUAUGUUGUUUUUGUUGUUCAUGCUUGUUGGUACUGUUUCUUUUUUUCAUCUGUUUUAACUUGAGGGUCUAUUGGAAACAACCUCUGUACUUUUUUAAGAUAGGGGUAAGGUCUGCGUAUGCUCUAUCAUCUUCAGACCCUAUCCCUAGAAUUACACUGGAUUUGUUGUUGUUGUUCAUGUUUCAUCUGUUUUGAGCUGAGGAUCUAUCGAAAACAACCUCUCUAUUUUUUUAAGGCAGGGGUAAGGUCUAUGUAUGCUCUGUCCUCCUCCAGACCCUACUCGUGGAAUUACGCUGGAUUUGUUGUUGUUGUUCAUGCUUGUUGCUACUGUGCCUUUUUUUUAUCUAUUUUGAGCUGAGGGUCUAUCGGAAACAACCUCUCUACUUUUUUAAUGUAGGGGUAAGAUCUGCGUAUGCUCUAUCAUCCUCAGACCCUAUUCGUAGAAUUACACUUAAUUUGUUGUUGUUGUUCAUGCUUAUUGCUGCUGUGUCUUUCUUUAUCUGUUUUGAGCUGAGGGUCUAUCGGAAACAACCUCUCUAUUUUUUUAAGGUAGGGGUAAACCCUACUCGUGGAAUUGUGCUGGAUUUGUUGUUGUUGUCACCUUUUUCAAGAUUUUCAAAUUUUAAGUUAUAUCAAGAACAUAGUAUAUAGUAUUAGCAGCUUGUUUUAGUAGAUUCUUGAAUUUGUAGUUUUUUGGUGUUGUUGUUCAUGCUUGUUGCUACUGUGUCUUUUAUUCAUCUGUUUUGAGUCGAGGGUCUAUCGGAAACAUCAUGUCUACCUUCUCAAGGUAGGGUAGGGUAGGGGUAAUGUUUGCAUAUGUUAGCGUACGCUCUAUCCCUCCCCAGACUCCACUUGUGUUAUUACACUGAGUUUGCUGUUGUUGCUUUCAUUUCUUGUUUAUGGGUGGAGCUAGGGGCGCAAGGGGUUCAUUUGAAUCCACGUCGUUGAAAACUUAAUAGUGUAUAUAUACAUGUUAAAAUUACUUUUCCUUUAUUUUUUAGUUACUGUCUUUCUGUCCUGAGCCGGGGGUCUAUCGGAAACAGCCUCUCUACUUUUUCAGAGGUAGUGGUAUGGACUGCAUGCAUUUUACCCUCUCCAAAUCGCCGCACUAUGUGGGAAUACACUGGAUCGAGAGGGCCUCCACGAUUACUGAAGAAACAAAACAUGCUAAACAUUGGAGGAAACCGAACUUAUCUUUGGAUAUACCAUCAAGAACGUUGGACGCCUCUCCUACUGAGUUAGUUCAGAUUAAAAGGCCAUUCACGCCUACACCAAAGAGGGUGAAUUUCCUUUUGACACCUAGUACUUCUGAUUCACGAGUAGCUACUUCAUCGCCUGGUCCCUCCCCAUGUCGUGGCAAAUCAACCAUUAGGAAUCUUUUUCCUAAACUGAGCUUGAAAUCGCGUAUGAGUUCUGAUACAGAGAAGAUACCCACGCCAGAUUCAGUUCCGGCUGCAGUUGUGCCACAACAAGAGAAGGUAUCCAUUUCAAGGUCAUGGUCACUUAGUAAAAUGUUUACGCCUCGCAUUAAGAGGACCUCGUCUUUGCCCGUUACACCAAUUGCACAUUCGAAUCCAGAGUCUAUUAGUGGAAGCAUCAGCAACUCUCAAACACUCGGUACGAAGGAAGCACACGUGUGCAUUUCGCGAUCAAUGUCUCUACCAGUCAUUAACAAAGAAAAAGACGGAAGCAAUAGGAGGGUGGAAUUUUUCUUUCGAGUUAUACCUUCAACGCCUCAAGUGAAGGAUGUGGAUUCAUCAGUUACAGCUAUGAGUCCAGCGAAAGUACCCGAGGAUAACGAGCAGGAUGGUGAAGAUAUACCAGAAGAAGAAGCUGUCUGUCGAAUUUGCCUAGUCGAGUUAUGUGAAGGCGGAGAGACACUCAAGAUGGAAUGCAGCUGCAAAGGCGAACUUGCGUUGGCUCAUCAAGAAUGUGCUUUGAAAUGGUUUAGUAUCAAAGGUAACAAGACGUGCGAUGUGUGCAAGCAAGAAGUCAAGAAUCUCCCCGUCACACUCUUGCGUAUGCAAAGUGUUCGAAAUGCAAAUGCAGGAUCCAAUAGAUUUCGGCAUCUGGAAAUAAAUGGAUACAGGGUUUGGCAGGAAGUACCGAUUCUUGUCAUUGUCAGCAUGCUUGCCUACUUUUGUUUUCUUGAGCAGUUGCUGGUUGGGAAAAUGGGCACCGGUGCAAUCGCUAUUUCACUUCCCUUUUCUUGUGUACUAGGCUUGCUUGCGUCAAUGACAUCUUCAACCAUGGUUAAGCGAAGAUUUGUCUGGGUAUAUGCAUCGGUUCAAUUCGCUCUAGUUGUACUAUUUGCACAUAUCUUCUACUCGUUGGUUCGCGUGCAAGCAGUUCUUUCGAUUCUGCUAUCAACAUUUGCUGGCUUUGGAGUUGCAAUGAGUGGAAGUUCAUUACUCGUCGAGUUCUUCAGAUGGAAAAGGCGACGAGCAGCCUUGUUAGAGCAACAGCAAAACUCACUGAUGGUUUUGCCUCCAGGAGGGUGGCCACAGAUGAUGAUGAACCAACCUGCUACAACGUCUCGUGUAGGUCCUCAAAAUCAUCAGCGCGAUAUAGAAAAUCAAGAGACGUUUAGUUGGAGCUAGACUGUGUCUUAUGUUACUAUUUAUAGCCAAAAAAGAGUUGAGUGAGAUUGAUGUUUUGUACAUUUUAGAUACUUAUCGCGGCCGUUGUUGGUCCCGCCUUUCCUCGGAUUCCGUGCAUAGCGGGAGCUUAGUGCACUGCGCUGCAGUUUUUUUGUGUUCUACUACAGGAAAAAACAGAUAUAGUUGUUGUUGUUGUAUUGUUGAAAGAAUAUGUAAAAAGUGAAAUGCAUACAAGCAGAAAGAGAGUGUAGUCCAAACUAUUUAUGUUUUCAAA